UCGUUCUCUCCUCCCUCUGCCGUUGUUUGGUAAUUCGGCGUAAGAGAUGGGUCGUCUUUAUAAGAUACUUUACAAGAUAGGAUAAGACAGUUCUGAACGUAAAUUGUCAAGAUAGUCUGAGAAAUAUGGCAUUGUGUUUGUUUUGUUAAUGCAUUUUGCUCAUAUCCCAUACUUUCGAUUUCACUAGGAUUUCGUGGAAACUGAAACCGUCAUAAACGGCAGCGCAAUGGAUGGAUUUUACAUGCCAGAAAAAAUUCAAGAAGAUCAUUUCAACAAAAUCAAGGAUGUGUUUGCUUCUGAAAGCCCUGAGGAAAUUCCCCAUCAACUUAUUUCUCUUUUGGAGGUUUUUGACCAUUUUAAGAUAGAUAUCGCUGUGACUGGAGAGUCUGGUGCAGGAAAGUCUUCUCUUAUCAAUGCAUUCCUCGGACUGAAUCCUGAUGACAGAAGGGCUGCUUCAACUGGAUCUGUUGAAACCACAAAGGAAGCAACUAUGUAUCAGUAUCCAAAUCUUCCACAUGUCAAACUGUGGGAUCUUCCAGGGAUGGGCACCCCUACCUUUACAUCCAAGAAUUAUGUAAAGACAAUGAACUUUGAUCUAUAUGACAUGUUUAUGGUUGUGAUAUCAGAGAGAGUCAGAGAAAACAACAUGAUUUUGAUUGACGAAAUUGGGCAACGAAAGAAGCCAUUUUAUUUCAUUAGAACAAAAGUUGAUAAUGAUAUGAUGUCCCAAAGAAAGAAAAGAAAAUUCUCUGAAAAACAUGCAUUGGAUCAAAUGAGACAAGACUGUGAGAAGUAUCUGAAGGAGAAGAAAUUGGACCCCCAUGUGUUCCUAGUUUCAGCACAUGAAACACAAAAUUAUGAGAUGCAAAAGCUUACGGACACUUUUAAGGAUGAGGUUUCUCAGCUUAGAGCAGAAGUAUUUUCAAGUUUUCUGGACAAGUUGUUUCACGGAGGAUGGAUGAAAGCAAGGCAUGCUACGAACCACAUCCAACAGACUGGGAAACUUCAAGCUGACGACAUCACAGCAUUGCAAAAUAUGUAUAAGCGCACAGGCUUUGGAGCCGCAAAAGUCAGCGUUGUACUGGAGGCUCUAAGUCACUUUCAGCUAGAUGUUGCAGUUUUGGGUGAGACGGGGUCUGGAGCAUCGACUCUGGUAAAUGCCUUAAUUGGGCCAGAGAAUGAGGUGUGUGGUGCAGCAACAGCAUCCAUCAGCAACCCAGCAAUGAGUCCUGGAUACCCAGAUGUCCGGUUCUGGGAUGUAUCCGGCAUAGAGGCAGUCAUGGAUUACUCAAUGUAUGAGAUGAAACAAGUCCUGAAUUGUUAUGACUUCUAUAUCAUCAUUGUAUCAGACUGGCAGAAGGCACGGCAUAUAAAACUAGCCAAAGCAGUUGAAGGACUAAGGAAGCAUUAUCUCUUGGUCCAAACCAAAGUAGACUGUCAUCUACAGACGCAAAAAGAUUUGUACUGCGAUGAAGCUGAGAUACUUGAUGGGCUACGGGCACAAUAUACACAAGAGCUUCAGACAGCAAAACUGUCUGAACAGCAGAUUUUUGUCGUCAACAGCCUAGACAGAAGUGCAUUUGACUUUGUAGGCUUAGAAAGUGCACUGUCCAGUGACCUCAACACUGUCAGGACAAGUGCGUUUGCAUAUUAUAUAGCAAGAAUAGUGAAGCAACAUAAAUAAAAUGACACGAGAGAUACUUGAGAUAUGAUUUUUUAAUGAAGUAAUAUUGUACUAUUUUAAGUUCAAUAAACAGAAAUGUAGGACAUUUUGUAAUGAGACCACAUGCAUGAUCUGUAUUUAAAUUGUCAGUACUAAAAUCACUGUAAACCCUAAAGGACCUGAUAAACGAAAUUGAAGAACGAACUGAUGUGACGUCAUUUCGAACAAAAUCAGGCCAAAACAAAGUUCAUUUUGUGUUCGUUUUGGGAGUUUGAAACAGCUUGCCAAAGCGAACUUUCAGGAAAAGUUUGCUUCAGCUGUAAAACACCUUCGUACUACCAUUGGUCCGUGUCAAUAACGUAAUAGGAGGUGUGCGCUGAGGCUCCGCCUUCUUUCACGCGGGACUCUUCUCUGGCUCAUUUCGUCUGUUGAGCUCGUCGAGAUAAGAUCUCUGCGGGUGAAAACAUGAACACACUGGAUAGUACAACAUGGAAUUGUGCUUCUGAUGAAAUGAGGCACUGAAACUGUUUUUCAUGUUUGAUACUAUAAAGCUGCUUGCUUUUAAGCAAUCUAUUGAAUAAAGUGCUAUAUAAAUAAAUGUGAUUUGACAGGAGUGCCAAUUUGCAGAGCUCGUGCUAACAUGUGUUAUGAUCAGACACUUUUCUUAUGCUUUCUAGAAAAAAUGCUUGCUGUUUUCUCAUUUUUGUUGUGUUUAUUUUGUUACUGAGAAGAAAGUGCACAGCUCAUAUUUACAUAUUCAUCUAACCGUCACUCUCAUCAGUGUAAGUGGCGUCAGAUGCUCGAUUACAGUAUAUCACUGUUCAUGUAUUUCAAACUUUUUUUUACUCCUAAACGAGAAUGAAAAAGAACUUCGUUUUAAGUAUAUCGGGGCCUUAACACUCAAAAUAAUUAAUUGGUUUGAGUAGGGCAAACUCAAAUUAAACAAAUUAUUUCAAUCAAAUUAACUUUUAUAAGUAUUUAGAACUUUUUCUUUUGAGUUCAUGAAACCGACACAUUUUAAGUAAUCUGAAUUGUUUCAUUUUUUGAGUUGAAUGAACUUGUUUCUUUUAAUUUAGACAAACUUAAAUUUACCUGAAACUGGGCUGGGAUUAUUAUUUCCCAGCAUGCUUUUCAUGACACUCGAAAGGGAGAAUAAAUGCUAAAAUUAAGUGUUAUAUAAUGUUUUUUUUUGUGUUAUUAAUGUUAAUUGGGGGAUUUAGUAGUGUUUAAUGCUUUGCUCCCAAUUUAGAAGAGUUUCUGUUAUGUUGUUUUAUGUACACCUCCCGCUGCCUGCGUAGGACACACAACAUCAUAAGAGACCGGUUCCAUCCAGCACACAGCCUGUUCCACCUGUUGUCCUCUGGUAGGAGGUACAGGUCCCUUCAGGCCAGAACCUCCACAAUGGCCAACUGUUUCUAUCCACAGGCAGUCAGACUGCUGAAUAAACACUGUUCCCCUCUCCCUCCUUCACUCACUUAAUUCGUAUUCAUCAUGCAUCGUUUUCCAGCAAUUGCAAUAACUGAGAACUGGACUUUGCAUUGCUGCAGCACACACAACUAUACACAUUUUUCUGGUUACUAUCAUUUUUCAACCUCAUAUACUAUAUUCCUUGUCUAUUACAUGUUGUAUUGUCCUGUUUAUAUAUUGUGCUAUUGCUGAUCUUUUGCACUUUAUGAAAUUGCACUAUCGAUUGAUGCUCUAAUGUAAUCUUGUUGUAUUUAACAAUGACAAUAAAUUAAAUUAUUAUUA